GUUUAUAAAUAUACUGACAUGGUACUUCAACCUCAAAAGAUAAUGCAUUUCGCUAAUUUCAACUGUUCUCUCGUAAAUCCAGUUGUUUCUUUUAGCAGUCUCUUGCAUUGUCGUAAUGAGGUUCACUAAUUAUCAUUUGUUUCCUUCUAAAGAGGUUAUUUACUCCCUCCGUUUUUACUUACUUCGCAUAUUAUAGAUUUGUCUAAAGUCAAACUUUAUAUACUUUCAACAAGUUUGUAGAAAAAUAUAUUAACAUCUACACCACCAAAUCAAUACCCUUAGAUUCAUCAUUGCAUAUAUUUUCACAUCAUAUAAAUUUGUUAAUAUAAAUGUUCAUAUUCUUUUCUACAAACUUGGUCGAAUUUAUAAAGUUUGACUUCAGUCAAAUCUAAUAUGCGGAGUAAAUAAAAACGGAGGGAGUACAUUAUAGGUGCUAUCAUUAGGUUUCAUUGGCACAUAAGUUUGACAGGUGCACAAGUUUGAAGUAUGUUAGGAUAAAUUAAUUUAUAAAUCAUUUUCAGUGAUUGUGUUUAUUUCACAAUUAAGUUUACUUUUGUUUGUUCACAAAAAAGAGUUACUUUAGUUAUAAAAAUCGAACCAAUUAAUAUAUUAAUAUGUUACUGAGUGUACAUAGGCAUAUAGUCCCUACAAUAACAGUUUAAUAGCAAAAGUAAUUAACAUAUUUUAUAUAUGUUUGUCUAACGUAGAAAAGGCUUUUUUUUACGAGAAUAAUGUAGGGAAGUUUGACCUAGCAAAGCUAGAUUUAAAUUAAUCUGGAAACGACGUACUCCCUCCGUAACCUAAUAUAAGAACGUUUAGAAUACUAAAGUAGUGAUCUAAACGCUCUUAUAUUAGUUUACAGAGGGAGUAGAAGAGAUCAUUGGACUUUCAAUAGUAAAAAUACCCAGUAUUGAUUGCUUAGGGGUAUCACCCGGGCCGAUGCUCCCAUAAAGCAACCAUAGAAAGCUGCUUGACGACGACAGAAAGAGAUGGACGCCUCCAGGAUCUUUCCAACCCCAGAGGAAGAUGACACUACCCUGGGCCCCUUUUAUGUGCUGAGCGGCAACAUUUCCUAUACGGUUCAUGGCUGCUGAUUGCACCAGUGUUUUUCUCAAGUGUUCAACAUUCCAAGAUAGUUCCUUCCCGUCAAUUUCGCUUCAUUGUCACGUUCAUCAUGGAGAGUGGUUUUUCAAUUCCCGGUUGCCUACACCCUCAAAUGAACAGUAAAUUCCAAAAAAAGAAACUGAAACUUUGCGACAUCAAAUAUGAUCAAACUUUAUAGAUGCUUGCAAGAUUUCAUGCCUAAAAAACAUUCGAGGAGCUCUACUAAAGAAAAAGAUCUCAGUGCUCAAAGUGUUGAGCACUUACAAUCACUGAUUUUUGUUUCUCAUGUGUACACCUAUCUCUACAUGAUAUUUCUUGAUUAAAAUUUGCAAUCACCUAAAACGUUUGAGCAUAUUUGAUGUCGCAAUGUUUCAUAUUUUUCUGUUCAUGCGGAGUGUAGGGACACCCAAGAGCUAUCACACCUUUCUCUUCAUCAUGUGUGGAUGUCUGCACCAGGCGGCACCUUUCUCUUCAUCAUGUGUGGAUGUCUGCAUCAGGCGGCACCUUUCUCUUCAUCUAUGUGUGGAUGUCUGCAUCGAGCAGGCACGAGACUUCUGGCUAGAUUUCCUGGCCACGCCCAUCUUUGGUAAUGCCUAAUCGCCUCUGUGUGACAUCAGGGGCCACGAUCGCCAUUCUGCCGCAUGUAUAAAUCCUGUGCGGGCGCGUGAUUUCUUUCCCAAGGCUGAGCAGACACGCGCGACCAAGCUAUAGGGUGAUCGAUCUACACGACCUGACGAUGGGAGUGGUGAUGGCGGCGCUCUGGGACAUCCUGGCGAAGGCCGCCAAUGUGGCGCAGAUGUCCGGCCUGCACGCCGCCAUGCUGGUCGCCGUGGGCAUGAGCCUCUUGCGCAUCCCGCAGAGCACGCGGGAGUGCGCCAAGCUCGAGCGGUGCAGCCGCAGGCUCCACGCGCUGCUGCAGUGGCCGACGGGCUGCGGGGCCGCGGUGCUGUGCUCGGAGAUGGGAGGCCCCGUUCUAAAGUCGCUGGUCGACGCGGCCGGACUCGUCGCCUCCUACAAGAAGAGCACGCUCUGGCACCGCGUCCGGAGGGGCAAGGGCAUGGCCGCCCAGCUCCGGGACAUGCAGGACGUCGUCGACUCCUACUGCGGGCUCCUGCUCUACGUCAACGCGCAUCUCCUGCUACAGCCGGCGACUCAUCGUCCCCCGUCAGAUGCUACUACGUACGGGGUUAAGGAGGCGAAUGAGAAUGACCCAUCACAGAGUCGAAGUGUGCUACAAGCAGUAACCAAUAGCCCGGGAGUUAAAGAAACUCGUGGCACUCAAAUGCCCAAUGAUGAUGGCGAGGGGGGAACAGGCAGCCGGACAGACGACACCGGUCUAGCAGGACGUGAAAGAAGCGUGACUGCUUAAUUAGUGAUUUCCCAUGAGUCCAUGACCACAGGAGUAGACUGAUCCCAACAGGCUAAAGUGAAUUCUCAGUGCUUGCUUUUCCAUUUGCUACGACAGUGAAUAAUGCACCGUCUGUAAAUAUGUGUAUGUAAGCUUGGAAGAUUUGUUUUUUUUAGAGCUUUCUUGGCGAGCUUUAUUUAUUAGCGAUAACACUUACAUAGUCUACUAGCUUGAAAGAACUAAAUUCGGCGAGUCUACUUGCUAAAAGUUUGGCAGAUUUUGA